CGUGUUGAAGUUUAUUAAAGCUCUGUUAAUCUCUUUCUGCAGAUCGACUGCUUGAUGAACUGCAGCUGAAACAUUGAACGGCUCACACUUAUGCCCCUGGAGAUGGAGCCCAAAACUAACAAUCUUGUCUUUGCGUGUCAGCGAAGCUCAACAUCAGAUGACGACUCUGGCUGUGCCCUGGAAGAGUAUGCCUGGGUCCCACCAGGCCUCAGACCAGAGCAGGUACAGCUGUAUUUUGCCUGCCUGCCAGAGGAGAAGGUCCCUUAUGUUAACAGCCCUGGAGAGAAGCACAGGAUUAAACAACUUCUCUAUCAGCUGCCACCCCACGAUAAUGAGGUGAGAUACUGCCAGUCUUUAAGUGAAGAAGAAAAGAAAGAACUGCAGAUGUUCAGUUCUCAGCGCAAAAAGGAGGCGCUUGGACGAGGCACUAUUAAACUCCUCUCGAGAGCAGUGAUGCACGCAGUCUGUGAACAGUGUGGUACAAAAAUAAACGGCGGUGAAGUUGCAGUUUUUGCCUCGAGAGCUGGCCCUGGUGUAUGCUGGCAUCCAUCAUGCUUUGUAUGCUUCACGUGUAACGAGCUCCUCGUUGACCUCAUCUACUUCUACCAAGAUGGAAAAAUUCACUGUGGCAGACACCAUGCUGAACUACUUAAGCCUCGAUGCUCAGCCUGUGAUGAGAUAAUUUUUGCUGAUGAGUGUACAGAAGCCGAAGGUCGCCACUGGCACAUGAAACACUUCUGUUGCCUCGAGUGUGAAACAAUCCUGGGUGGGCAGAGAUACAUCAUGAAGGAUGGGCGCCCAUUCUGCUGUAGCUGUUUUGAAUCUCUUUAUGCAGAAUACUGUGAGACCUGUGGGGAGCACAUUGGCGUUGACCAUGCUCAGAUGACCUACGAUGGACAGCACUGGCACGCUACAGAGACUUGCUUUUCUUGUGCUCAGUGCAAGACCUCUUUGCUCGGUUGCCCUUUCCUUCCAAAGCAAGGGCAGAUCUACUGUUCAAAAACCUGCAGCUUGGGUGAGGAUGUUCACGCCUCCGAUUCUUCUGAUUCAGCAUUUCAGUCUGCUCGAUCGAGAGAUUCCAGGAGGAGCAUUCGCAUGGGAAAAAGCAGCCGCUCGGCUGACCAGUGCCGCCAGUCUCUCCUCCUGUCACCAGCCCUCAAUUAUAAAUUUCCUGGUCUUUCAGGCAAUGCUGACGAUACGCUUUCUCGUAAGCUGGAUGAUUUAAGCCUUUCAAGGCAAGAGGCAAGCUUUGUUAAUGAAGACUUCUGGAAAGGAAGAGUAGAGCAAGAAAUGCCUGAAGACCCUGAAGAAUGGGCUGAACAUGAAGACUACAUGACUCAGCUUCUUCUGAAGUUUGGUGAUAAAAGCCUUUUCCAGCAACCUGCUGAAGUAGAGAUUAGAUCAAGUGAACACUGGAUUUCUGAUAGCAUGGUCAAGAGCAAGUUGGACUUGAAAAAGAAUAACCCAAGCCUAGCAAGUAAGAAAUAUCAAUCAGACAUGUACUGGGCCCAGUCACAAGAUGGUUUGGGUGACUCUGCGUAUGGCAGCCAUCCAGGCCCUGCCAGCAGCAGAAAAAUCCAGGAUCUGGAGAUGGAACAUGGGGCAUCAGGAUACAAACAUGACCAGACACCGUGGUACGGAGGUUCGCUUGAAUGUUUGUCCGAUCUGAAGCAGCAAGAACAAAGCGUUCGGGACUCGAUGGACUCUUUGGCUUUGUCUAACAUAACAGGGGCAUCAAUGGAUGGAGAAGGCAAGCCACGGCCAUCUCUCUAUUCUUUGCAAACUUUCCAAGAAUUAGAGGUAGAGGACUGUGAGAAGAUGAGCAACAUGGGAACUCUGAAUUCUUCAAUGCUCCAUCGGAGCACAGAGUCUUUGAAGAGCCUGAGCUCAGAGCUGUGCCAGGAAAAAGCAUUACCAGAGGAAAAGCCAGCGCACAUGCCUGUACUGAGAAGAUCUAAAUCCCAGUCUAGACCACAGCAAGUCAAGUUUUCAGAUGAUGUCAUUGAUAAUGGAAGUUACGAGAACGUUGAAAUUCGACAACCUCCAAUGAGUGAACGGACUCGUAGGCGCGUUUAUCAUUUUGAAGAACGUGGAAAUCGACCUUCUCACCAUCGCAGAAGAAGUAGGAAAUCUCGCUCAGAUAAUGCACUUAAUUUGGCCACAGAAAGAAGAUACUCUCCAAAAGAGAGGUUUCGUUAUUACUCACCUCAGGAUCAUGAAAAAUUUAUUCAAAAUAAAAGCUCACGUGAGUUUCGGGCCUAUAUUCAAAAUGCGGAGCUGUAUGGCCAGUAUGCCCAUACUAGUUCUGAUUACGCACUGAGGAGUCAGGCGGUUGAUAAAUUUUUUGGAUUAUAUGGCGAGGAAGAUGACUCCUGGUGCUCAACUUCAUCCUCGUCAUCAGAUUCUGAAGAGGAAGGGUAUUUCCUAGGACAGCCAAUUCCGCAGCCACGGUCACUGAGAUAUCCGUACUACACAGAUGACCUUUCUGGUCCAACUAAUGCGUUAUCUAGUUCUCAGUUUGGACAAAGGACAACCAAAUCAAAGAAGAAGAAGAGGGGACACAAAGGGAAAAACUGCAUCAUUUCUUAACUUGUUUUAACAAUUGGGAAGACCAGUCAACUCUAGCUACAGUUUGAACCACAUCUUUUUAUAUUAAUAAUUGUACUUAGGCAAGUUGCUAAAUUCUUAAUGCUUUGCCAGUUUAACUGAUAACCCAUUCAGAGUUUACAUUGUGAAAGUGAAGUACCAUUGGGAAAUGUCACUAUGCCAAAUGACGAUCUGUUCAGAUUUCGCUAGGUUUACAUACUGUGUUUCAGCUGUCAAAAUGUUGUUGCUGCGUUCUUGAUACAGACUUGUUGUAGACAUUAUUUUAUGCUCUCUAUUCACCCACAUUCAGUUACCUGAGAGAGAGAAUUCAGUGAAGAUCAAUAAAUAAAACUGUCAGUCCUGUACUGUAGCUGUACCUACCCAUACAGUGAUACUCAACUUCUCUCCAUCAAUCACAUGGCUAUAGACAGUACCCUCUCCUCAUUGAUAAAACUCCUUCUUCCUCUUUGAUGUUUCCCUACAAAAACUGGAAUUAUUACUAUUAUUUUUAAACUUACUUAGGAAGAAGCUGCUUUUCCAUAGAUUCCCCCAUUAAGGUGUGACAAAUCAGACUGUGGGAGCUGAAAUGCUUGAGGCCUUGAUAUAUCCUAAAGCAGCAGUAAAUGGUUUACAUGUUUAACUUCUAGGUUUUUCCUUCCAGUUUUUGUUGUUUUUUAAAAUAACUCCAUCCUGUGUUGGUGUUUUUUCUUUUUUCUUUUUGUGCCUGUUAAAAGGAAGAUACUAAUUCAGCUGUUGGAAUUGGACUUGACUGCCAGCGAGCAAUGAUGGCUUUUAUGCCAUUUCCUCCAUAACAAAGCACUGAAAGAGAAAGGUACAAAUGGUGGGAUCCUUUGCUCAGGCACAUAACCCCGUUUAAGUCCAUGAAUCUACUUACAUAACAAACAGUUUCAUAAGGGCUUAAAGGAUUAGGCUCCAAAAUUCUGUCUUUUCAAAUGUAUUAUCCAGGUUUUAAAACGUAUUAGUUGCAAUUCUAAAUCAAAAAAAUUGCUAUUUAUAACGUAGUUCAUAGGCUUAAAUGUAUUCAUAAUUUAACAGUGCAAAUACAAAUGUACAUAUUGUACAGUUAAGAUUUUUAAAAGCUGAAUAUUUUUAUAUCCCUGAAUUUGAAGAAGUUUGUUACGAUAUCAAACUAGAUUUGUUAGGGGUUUAACAGCAGCAUUAUGGAUGAAAUAGUGCUUGUAUUUUAGUCAGGGAGUUUAAAAAUAUUGAAAAAUGUUUAGUGCAAAACAGCUUAAUUUUGUCUACUAGGUAUUAAAAGCUCUGUAUGCAUGGUGGGGCUCUGUAAAUACUCUCCAAACUAUGGCCCUCUUAAUCUUGCAAGUGUUAUUUAUGGGUCAAGCAAAAUGUAAACUAUAUAAAUGUAAAAACCACACAAGCCUGGAAUAUAUCAGUACAACAAAUACGCAACUCCUGUGGAUGUGGAUUUUUUUUCUUAUUGUUCCCCUCUUUUCUCAGAAAUCAUCUCUGUGUUUGCUUACAUCAAGGGAGAGAGAUGCAGGGUUGUCCUAGAAGGCAAGUUGGUAAAGUAGUUGCCUUGAAUUCACCUUCAAGUUAAAGCAUUGAGAGAAGCUUAUUUUAAGGAAAGAGCAGGAAUUUGUUUCUUAAUACUGAUGUCUGCCCACUGAAGUAGUAAACACUAGAACAGCAGGCUGUCUGACCACCUGAACACAGGUAAUUAGUGAAGAAACAGGUGCUUCUUACAUAAACAGAACUGGCAGAUUGAACUGAAGUCACUUUUAUCAAAAGUUUUGGAAUAAAAGCAGCUAGAAAUAAGGGAUGGAAUGGACACGUGAGUAUUGCUCACACCCAACAAAUGUUACAGCUGAGUUAAAAUAGCUGUUACUUGCUUGUAUUUUUCAGGGUAAAAUAAGCAGAAGAUCCUUUAUUCCCAGAGGUGUUAUUCACCAUAUAAGUCCUUUUCUAGUACAAACAGGUCUUGUGUACAUGAAAGAUGAUCAAAGUAAUAUCGUGCUACAUCAUAGGGGCCCAUGGGCGGCUUGCGGGAUGCCUCCAGCUGGGCAGGCUGCCCUGGUGGCUUAGCAGCAUUUGCUUUUCUGGCAGCUAAACGGCUGUUGUGCUUAAGGACAUUACAACAGCCAGGCUGCUAAAGGCUUCCAGGACUUGAGGAGUGAUACUGACUUGUUAGCAUUUUCCCCCAGAUACUCAAACACGGAUUGGGAUUUUCCAUUCUUAACUGCAUUUGCAAAUACAAAAUCCUCUGGAACAACAUGCCCUGCUGCUACUGCUGGGCCCGUUUUGGAGCAAGUGCUGCAUGCAGAUACGUCCCAGCAGCACUUGUUCUGAACUAUCUUACACCAUCUUCAGAGAUGCAGCACAUACAUACUCUCCCAAAGCACAAAGACUUAUGGAGUAUCAGAUGAUAAACGCUUUCCAAUCAUUGUGUGUGGUCACUUCUUUCUUCUUCUUUUAAACAACACAACUAUUCAAUGCAGGUAUCUAUAGUGUCAUUUCUAAGCUGUCUUCAGAGAGUUCACUUCCAUAGCACCUCCCUCUAAACCUCCAGAUAAAUGAGUUGAAAGAUGACUCUCUUCCCCAUACUGUUAUUAAAACAAAACAAGCCAAAGAAAAAAAAGCAGCCAUUCUUUGCAGCCUAAGGCAAGAGCUGUGAUCUCUUCCCUUGAGACAACACUUCUGAAGGUACAGCUACACAGCACGGUGCCCAGGGAAGCAGUGCUCUGGCUGAGCAGCUUCCUCAGGGCUAGCUUAGGUACCUCAGCUUUGAGACACAUCGCUCUCCCUUACCUAGAAUCAUAGAAUAGAAUCAUA